AGAAAUAUAUCCUCACUCCUCAGUCCCUACUUACCGUUGCAAAACGGCCACCUCCUCCUUCCCCCUGUUCCUGAAAGCAGAACUUCAAGAACAAGAACACCAUUUCAAGAACCACCCUCACUCGCACCCAAGACUCCAUGCAAAUUUCUUUCAACCUAACCCAAAACAGAAGAAAAAGAAGCAUCAGCAGCAUAACUUACUAAUAAUGGCAACGCUGGCACCUGGAAUCCUCCAGAAGCUUCUAGAAGGCCUGAAAACAGGCGAAAAGCCGACGAGCGAGCACCGUAGCUCCCUCCUACAAAUAACCGACAUAGUCCCUGCGGAGCUCGACGAGAAGAGCCUCUUCCCCAAACACGGCUUCUACAUCAAGCUGUCCGAUUCCUCGCACUCCAUCUACGCCGCACUCCCUUCUGACCAACACGACUUCGUUUUGAGCAACAAGAUGCAGCUCGGCCAGUUCAUCUACGUUGACAGGCUGGAACCCGGUUCGCCCGUUCCCAUCGUUCUCGGCGCCAAACCGCUUCCUGGAAGACACCCUCUUGUAGGCACUCCUGAGCCUUUGAUGGGUUUAAGAGAGAGGGGUUCGCACAGAAAGGAAAAUUCCGCUUCUGUCCCUAGACGAGGCUCUUGGGAAACUUUGUCCUCUCCCAUGGUUGUUAAGCCUGUGAACUUGGAUUUUGACCAGUGUACCCCUGUUAAGGGAUCUGUGGUCAGGAGUGUCAGUUCUUUUAUCUCGCCGUUGGUUAGAGUCAGGGCUGGUGGUGGUGGUGGCGCUACGCCGGCUUCCGGUGUGAGGAGUUCGGUUGGUGGAGGGGUUCUUACGGCUAGAAUGAUGGAUUCUAAGGGAGAAAGAGAAAAAGAGAGUCCUGGUUCCUUAAUUAGGAAAAGCUGUGUGGUGGGAACUUCUGCUACCAAGGUUUUGAGAAGCAGAAGUGUCUGUGAACGAGAGCCUAGGGUUCCUAUUAGUCCCUUCAAGCUAGCUGAAAAGAAAAGCACUACUCCACCACCGAGGUUGAGGAAUGCAAGGGCGGUAUGUACCCCAAGUGUUGCCGGAGAUUCACAGAGCCAGGACUCAUCAAAUUCGUCAAACAUGGCUUCUCAGCCGUUGUCUAAGUCUACAACUAAUAAUUCAGCUUUUGAUAACUCCAAUGGCCUUAGCCUUCCCAUGAAUUUACCAGGAAAGCUGAGCUCACUAGGGAAGGAAGCUGUGCAGCAAAGAGAAGUGGCGCAAAAGAUUGCCCUUCAAGCAUUAAGAGAUGCUUCAGCUACUGAAACUGUAAUCCGGUCCCUCAAGAUGUUCUCGAAUUUAUGCAAAUCAGCUCGAGCUGAUUCUCCUGCGGCCUGUUUCGAGCGGUUUAUUGAAUUCCACAAUGAAAUUGUGCAAGGAAUUAACGACAUGGUGUCCAUUCAAGCAGCUACUUCAGCUUCAGAAUUGGCUCAGAAACCAAAGGGAGAAGAGGAGCCACAGGUUUUACAUGAAGUCACACAAAACUCCAUGGAUCAAUCAUCCAACAAAAGAAAGUGUGGUGUGUACAAAUCAAUGGCUGCAAUUCCUGAAAGGCAAGAAAACAAGACAAGCACCGGGAGGGUUCUCAGAUCAAAUAUCAACCAGAAGGUUCAAAAACUCGGAGCACUGGAACCAGUUGGUGAGAAUGACGAGAACAAGAAACCAGCAACAGCACCAUGUAGCAGUUUGAGCAAUACAAUAAAGCUUGCUAAACAGAUUGAGACAGAAGCUGGGAACUGGUUUAUGGAGUUCAUUGAGAAAGCAUUGGAAACAGGGUUGAAGAAAGCAAAGGGAGAAUCAGCAGGUGAUGUUAGAAAAGUUCCUCAGUCUCUUGUACUCAAAGUUAUGAACUGGGUUGAGGUUCAACAGUUUGAUAGCAACAAGCGACCUAGUCAUCCCAAAGCUGCACAGAUAGCUCGAAAGUUGAGGAUAAAGAUGAAAAAUCCUUGAUAAUAGUUGUUGUUGUUGUUUGUUGUUCAAUUUGAUGAACACCGCUUCAACGUUUGUGUGUACUACUGGUUUGGAAUAGCAGUUGUGAGAUGUCUUGUUUCGAUUUGAGCAAUUUUUUAAGAUCUUAUUGUAAUAAUAGCCAUUAUAUUUGUUUGUAACAAUAGUCAUGAUUCAUUAAUCACUAUAUUAUACAAGUUUAUCUGGUUCCAC